AUGGCGUCCCCCAAAUUCCUCCUGCCCAUUGUGGCAGUGUGUGCGCUGAUCGGAGUGCUGUUUGUGGUAGCCCCGUGGCAUGCGGGGAGCACUGUGAUUGCUACUGAAGUUGGCGACGCCUCGUCCGGAAACGAAUUCCACUCGGACAUCAGCCACGGCCGCGUGCUCAAGUCCAAGAGCUCCGAUGAAAGCACCUCCGAUACAAGCUCCUCCGACUCUAGCAGCAAGAAGUCGAAGAAGAGCGACUCGUCCUCGUCGGGAUCUACCCCGUCACCCGCGAAGAAGGGCGGAAAGACCGCGGAAGAGACCACUUCUUCUAAAUCUCCCAAGAAGUCUAAGACGCCUAGCGACUCCCCCGCGCCUCCUACCAAGUCGGGGAAGAAGGGUAAGGGCUCCGACGUUCCCGCCUCUCCCCCGCCUACCACCACCGGGAAGAAGGGGAAGAAGGGCGGAAGCAGCGACACUUCCGCCUCUCCCCCGCCUACCACCACCGGGAAGAAGGGGAAGAAGGGCGGAAGCAGCGACACUUCCGCCUCUCCCCCGCCUACCACCACCGGAAAGAAGGGGAAGAAGGGCGGAAGCAGCGGUAGCGACACUUCCGCCUCCCCCCCGCCAACCACCACCGGAAAGACCGGAAAGAAGGGCGGAAACAAGGGUACCGACACUCCCGCCACUUCCCCGCCAACCACCCCCAGGAAGAAGGGCGGACACAAGAACUGGACCGCCCCUGCGACGCCCACCCCUGAUCCCGUGCCCGCGCCUGCUACGGGCGGAAAGAAGGGCGGAAAGAAGGGCGCCAACUCCGGUACUGGCGGGUCCGCGCCGGUGGUGGUGAGCAAGGCGGACCAGAAGAUCCAGGGGCUGCUCAAGUCGGCUGGGGGCGGCGUGCAGAAGGCGGCGGACGCGCUGGGAACGAAGCACAAGUACUACGCGAGUCUCACGGCGACGGUGCAGGCGCUCACCAACGCCGCCAUUCUCAUCGACGAGGGCCAGCGCACGCUCGUGCAGGGGCAGAUCGCCAACGCGAUUUCCACCAUCGACGGCGUCUCCGUUAUGCUUGACCCCGUUAACGAUAAGAAGGUGCUCUCAACCCUGGCGUCCGCUAAGGCCACCGCGGAGGAGGCGUCGAAGGGCUUCAAGCCGUAG